UCCCGCCCCUCAACCUCGUCCCACGUAGGGUCACGAGCGAGUGCUGAAAAGGCACUUGAACAAGAGCUGUUGUGUUGACUUCUUCGGAGCUUUGCAUGGGGCGCGCGGAGGGAUCGGCAGGGCGCGCGCCGAGCAUCGCUUAAGCCUCGCGAGUCGCGGUCGUUCUCGUGAUGAGGCGCGGGGAGCGGAGGGCUCACGGAGGCGCCUCCGGCAAAGCGGCGCUGGAGGAAGGGCAACCGCUGCCGCCGCCACCUCCGCCUCCCAACGGCGCUUCUCUGCAGGUUGGAGAGGGGCCUCGCGGGGACUCGCCGUCAGUGUCAGCAGCUGCAUCGGCAGCAGCGCCAGACGCCGCUGUCGUCACUCAUGGCGACCGGCGCAGCACUGAGUCCGAGGUGUACGACGACGGGACCAACACCUUCUUCUGGCAAGCUCACACCUUAACAGUCUUGUUUAUCCUUACUUGCACCCUGGGCUAUGUGACCUUGCUUGAAGAAACGCCACAGGACACAACCUAUAACACAAAGAGAGGUAUUGUAGCCAGCAUUUUAGUUUUUUUGUGUUUUGGAGUCACUCAAGCAAAAGAUGGUCCAUUUUCAAGACCCCAUCCAGCUUACUGGAGGUUUUGGCUAUGCGUCAGUGUUGUCUAUGAGCUUUUUCUCAUCUUCAUACUUUUUCAGACUGUACAUGAUGGAAGACAGUUUAUGAAAUUUAUUGAUCCUAAUUUAGGAGUCCCUUUGCCCGAAAGAGACUAUGGUGGAAAUUGCCUUAUAUAUGACCCCAAUAAUGAAACAGAUGCCUUUCACAAUAUUUGGGAUAAACUAGAUGGAUUUGUUCCUGCUCAUUUCCUUGGUUGGUACAUAAAGACACUAAUGAUUCGGGAUUGGUGGAUGUGCAUGAUUAUCAGUGUAAUGUUUGAGUUUCUGGAGUACAGUCUAGAACAUCAGCUUCCAAAUUUCAGUGAAUGUUGGUGGGAUCAUUGGAUUAUGGAUGUAAUCUUAUGCAAUGGACUUGGCAUUUACUGCGGAAUGAAGACAUUGGGGUGGCUUUCUUUGAAAACAUAUAAAUGGCAAGGACUUUGGAAUAUUCCCACAUAUAAAGGUAAAAUGAAGAGAAUUGCCUUUCAAUUCACACCAUACAGUUGGGUUAAAUUUGAGUGGAAGCCAGCAUCCAGCCUUCGCAGAUGGCUAGCAGUGUGUGGUAUUAUUUUUAUUUUUUUAUUGGCAGAGUUGAAUACAUUUUACUUGAAAUUUGUCCUGUGGAUGCCUCCAGAACACUACUUGGUACUGCUGCGACUUGUCUUCUAUGUGAAUGUGGGAGGAGUAGCCAUGAGAGAGAUAUAUGAUUUCAUGGAUGAUCCGAAAUUCUAUAAGAAGUUGGGUCAGCAAGCUUGGCUGGUUGCUGCUAUUACAGCUACAGAGUUCCUUAUAGUGGUAAAAUAUGAUCCAUAUACUUUAACACUAUCGCUUCCUUUCUACAUUACUCAAUGUUGGAUCCUUGGAAUCAUGCUUGUGCUUGCGUGGACAGUUUGGCGUUUUUUCAUUCAUGACAUCACCUUACGGUAUAAAGAGAUAAGAAGGCAAAAGCAAGAACAUAAAUUUGGAAAGGAUAAAUAUUUAAGCAAUGGUGAUGGACAAUCUGUAAAUGAGUACCUGAAGAAUAAACUAAGAGAGAAAAAACUUUGAUCCUAAUUAAUCGGUGAAGGGCUAAGAAGAUUGAUUUUCUUGAUUUGCAAGUUUAACCCUUCCUCAUUUUGUAAUUUUCAAUGUUUUCUCAUGUGUGAGAAUCCUUUUGGAAAAGAUGCCACUUAAUCUCUUUUGAGGAAAGUGUUUACAACUAACUGUAGAAGUAGUGCUCCUUCCACAGGGGAACUUCAAACCAAGUGUGGUAAAUGUGAGUGCCACCUCACAAAGGAGGAUUGGGGAGGCUUUAACUAAUACAAAUGCAGCCUCCCCAUUGUGGAAAACUGUUAACAUUUUGGUCAUCAUGAACAUGUUUUAUGAAAUAAAUCGGUGCACUGUGAAAAGCAGUUUGAUGUUUUCUGCUGAAACUAGUCUAAGCUAUAGUGAUAAUGUUCAUGUUCUUAUGAUUCAUUUAACAAUACAGAAAAAGAGGGAUGCAACUGAUGUAUGAGAACAAACUGCAAAAUUUGCACAGUACACUACUGCAGCCAGCCUUUGAAAGUCCUGAAUUUAGCUGCCUGGAUAAAGGUGCUUUACUUUGAACAACUGGCUAGUACAUUACACUCUCAAAUACCUCUUUGUCGACUGUCUCUUUAGGAAAGGCAUCUCUUUAGAAAGGAUGCUGAUUAGCCAAAUAGUGAAAAUGAAGGCAAAAGCAGGUAGAAAUGUGUCCUAGUCUUAGUCAUAUGAAUCAAAGUGAACCUUAGUUUUAUUCUUCUGCAAAUGAGAUGCUUAUUGUUCUUGCCAGGACUAUGUUUGGGUGUUGCUCCUCUGUCGAAUAAACCAAAAUAUAUGACAUGGAUGUUCAGAAUUAUUUUUUUUAAACUUCUAGAAUAGGGAUGGGCCCAAGUGUCCUUUCAGAUAUUAUCAAACAGUUCUCAUCAAUCCAGCUAGCAUGGCUACCUGUGCUGGAUGAUGGGAGUUGCCCAUCUCUGUUGUAGAAAUUAAGGCAGGAAGAUUUAUGGGCAAGUGGUAUGGACGUAGUCAGCCACUAAAUACUGAUAGAAGUAUAUUAUCAUCUCUCAAGCAUCUAGACCAAGAGCAGCAACUGUCUUGCUUGUCACAUUCUCUCAAAAUAAUGUUUGUUUUAUGAACAUCUUGAAUUGCUUUCAUAUUUUUAAAACAACUAGGUCAAUUUAACUUACAGGUAAUACCGAUGUUUAUCUUAACACUGUAAUUGGAUCUCAAAUAAUUAGACUUGGGGGAAUUUAUUUUGAAAUGUUUUAUUCUUUGGACAUGCAUAUAAGCUAAAAUGCUGUAUUCUACUUGCCUCUUCUCCUUGUAUGAUCUCAAAGUGCCGCUACUUAAAGCACAGUGCAUAAAUCUUGGCUCCCUUUUAUAAUACUUGAACUGCAAAAUAAGUCUGUCCUGGCCUUGUUUCCAGGAUACCACUAAUAUUCUCCUCUUUAACAAAGGACGCUUUCAGGAAAAGAAAAAAAAAUCCAUAUAAAUGAAUGUUGAAAAGUUCACCAGAAGUCACAGGUUGAAAUUCUUCAUUGAGCACCUAGUACAUUUCAAUUUAAGAUUUACAUAGUCUCUAUCUGUUUUGUACUAGUAGAUUCUGCCCCUCUUUGUAAUUUUGUAUUGUAAAGUCUUUCAUGUAAUUCUGGUGGUAACAAGUGCAAUGGGGAAAAACUUGAAAAUAUUUUUGUUGUUGUUGAGGAAGUAAUUGUGUAAAAACUGAAGUAUGUGAAAAAUGCUACUUUUGUUUUAAAAAUUGAAGUUGACUUAUUCUCAAACCAUUACUUUCAUACUGAUCUUUAUGUUCAUGAAACAGUCUUAAAAUUAUAGUAUGGCAAAUUGAACAAAUAUAAUAAAAGAGUAUUUGCUGGUA